AUGGUACUUACGCCGGCGUGCACUCUACCCAGUUCGACCAAGACUUUUUUCUGGGGAUUCACUAUCUUCAGGCCCCUUUACCAUCUGAGGCCGAGGCACUGGCACCAGCGUGUCGGAUUCCAGAUUACCGCGUAUGCAGGGCGCAAUGAUAGCCUCUUUCGCGCGGCGAUCAUGCAGAGCGGGAACCCAGUGCCAGAGAAGGGGCUGAAUGGAACGCAGUACUUCCAGCCGCUGUAUGAUGCUAUUGCGCAGCGAGUCGUUCCCAUCACAAGCUAUGCGCUGGCGAAUGAUAUGGCCGCCAAUGAUACUUGCUGGGACGUUGAUCGCAUGGCAUGUCUGCGUAAUAUGGACUUUGAGCAGAUGAACGACGCCAUCAAUGCCACCAGUGCGCGCGCCUGGUUCCCCGUUAUUGACGGUGAUAUCGUCCCUGAACAGCCGAGUCGGUCGCUGUAUACAGGGAAGAAGUACGUCAAAGUCCCAAUCAUCCUGGGGGCCAGUACGGACGAAGGCUCGAAGUACAUGCCGGAGCAGAAUGUCACCAAGGAGGAGGAGUUUGUUGACCUUGUUGCAAACCCUCAGUCUUAUGGUGUUACCCCUGGCAUUGCCUUACCUAAGAUCCUGGUCCGCCAGCUCACGGAGGCCUAUGCUAACAUCUCGUCCUCUCCCUGCGACGCAGCCAUCGAUGCCAACCGUCGCCAAGCAUGUUCAACGUGGUCUCGCGCGAAUACUAGCACAUACUGUUACCGUUUCAACGUUCCCCUUCAUGAUCAAAAUACUGCGCAACAGGGUAACGAACUCCCUUUUGUCUUCGCGAAUACAGAGGAACUCGGAACCAACACCGACUAA